GCAGUGCGCGGACCAACCUGAGGGGGCAGAGAGGAGCUUCCGGUACAGAGCUCUGACCGUCAUUGAAGCAGCAGAAGAAGAGCAAUUCUUCCACGUGAGAGGACCAACAUGCCGCCGCCCGGAGGGAAAAUAAACAGACCGAAGACUGAACUCGCCAAGAACCUCUUCAAGCGGCGGCGCGUGCUGGGCCGGGAGAAGAGGAAGAGGCACCUGAUCGUGGGCGCCGUGGUGGACCGCGGUCUGAUCACCGUGCACCACCUGAAGAAGAGGACGGCGAGCCAGCGGGCCAACAUCACGCUGUCUGGGAAGAAGAAGCGGAAGCUGAUCAAGCAGCUGCAGCACAUGCAGCGUGAUAAAGCGUCUGCAGCUGAGGCAGCACCAACAAAGAAGAAGCAGGACUCGUCCAAUCUGACCAAGAAGAAGAAGAAGAAGGGAGCAGCUGGAUCUGUAGCGGAUGUGGAGAUGGACGACAUCGAAUAAAGGCGGAGGAUGGAGAGAGAAGGUCCUCAGGGCUGAAGACCAAAGACGAUUGUACAGAAGCUGGAGCCAUAAAUGUUCAUACGAGAAAUAUUGAAUCAGCUGAUGUAGAACAUGUGUAAUUAUUUAACAAUAACUCUUCCUUUUUCUUCCAUAGAUCCACGUUUAUUGUAUUUAGGUCAUAAAUACAUUGAAUCUGUAUAAACAUUCAGGACUUUAAUGGACUAUGUGUUUAUUAAAGUUGUUUCUUGAAUUUUUAA